AUGAAGAGGUUGGGAUGCUCGGCGGGAAGGAUCAGUUCGAGAAGGCAAGCAAGGGGAGUUCAUCAAACAAGCCAGAACAACAUUGGCAUUAAAAAAAACCAAGCCGAGGCGGGCGAGUUGCCGGUUGGUUACAGCUCUUUGACCCUUUGGAUGAUUGACCGUGUUCAACCGACCCUUGACCUAAAUGCCUCGGCAAAUGUUCCUUUCGCGGCAUCAUGGCCCGGGUCAUCGCUAGUAAGAGACUCAAUUGGUCUCGAGUACUGUCAAGAUAUUGACAAGCUCACCUCCAUUGUGAAGAGUUAUGGGGCUGCAACGUUUAUUGUCGUCGCGUAUGCAUACUGUCAGAAGCAAUCCAGGCUAUCAUGA